AUAAUGGCGCCAGUGGUGAUCGCUAUAAACGGCUUCGACAAGUUCAUCAGCGUGUAGAAAAAGAAGACUUUGUGAGACUUAGCGGAUUAAGUUAAACCCGCCCAAUGCCAGGUAGGGAUUUAUUGCAAAAGGAGGCGAAACGGGAUUAAGAUCCGAAUUUAAUCUUGUCGUUUUUGGUUUUUGGUAGGAUUUAGGUAAAAUCCUGCUACCAAACUGCCCUCUAGGGUUCUGGUCGGCUCCGAUCAUUCGGCCAAAUGAACGCCGGCGGUCACGUCUUUUCUGUCGACCUGCUCGAGCGGAAUGGCGCCAAAGGCCACGGCUUUAUCACCUGCAUGGCCGCCGGCAAUGACGUCAUCCUUAUCGGCACUAGUAAGGGGUGGCUUAUCAGGCACGACUUCGGCGUUGGAGAUUCUUACGAUGUGGACUUAUCCGGCGGCCGUGGUGGCGAACAGCCUGUUCACCGCGUCUUCGUUGACCCUGGCGGCAGCCAUUGCAUUGCUAAUGUUCUUCACAGCGGCGGCACGGAGACUUAUUAUACGCACGCGAAGUGGGCUAGGCCUAGGGUUUUAAGUCGGCUGAAGGGCCUGGUAGUGAAUGCAGUUGCUUGGAAUCGGCAGCAGAUCACUGAGUCUUCAACUCGUGAAGUGAUUCUUGGAACCGAGAACGGGCAAAUGUAUGAGAUGUCAGUUGAUGAAGUGGACAAGAAGGAGAAGUAUAUAAAGUUUCUAUUUGAGCUAACUGAGCUUCCUGAAGCUAUCAUGGGCUUGCAGAUGGAAACUGCCUCCGUUGGCAAUGCUAUGAGAUAUUAUGUCAUGGCCGUCACACCAACACGUUUGUACUCGUUCACGGGCAUUGGAGCAUUAGAUACAGUGUUUGCUAGCUACUCAGAUCGUGCAGUGCACUUUAUGGAGCUUCCUGGAGAAAUCCCAAAUAGUGAACUGCAUUUCUUUAUCAUGCAGAGAAGGGCCAAACAUUUUGCUUGGCUUUCUGGUGCUGGAAUCUAUCACGGUGAACUGAACUUUGGUGCCCAGCAUAGUUCAAGUGGAGGAGAUGAGAAUUUUGUGGAAAACAAGGGUCUACUAAACUAUGAAAAACUGGGGGAAGCAAUGAAGCCGAGGUCUUUAGCAGUGUCUGAAUAUCAUUUUCUUCUUCUUAUUGGAGAAAAGGUCAAGGUUGUUAACAGAAUUAGUCAACAAAUUGUUGAGGAACUGAAAUUUGACCACGCACCAGAUUCGGUUUCAAAAGGCAUAAUUGGUUUAUGCAGUGAUGCCACUGCUGGACUGUUCUAUGCAUAUGAUGAUAGUUCUGUAUUCCAGGUGUCUACUCUAGAUGAAGGCCGAGACAUGUGGAAAGUUUACUUAGACACGAAGGAAUAUGCAGCUGCCUUAGCCAGUUGUCGGUCUCCAUUACAGAGAGAUCAAGUAUAUUUAAUGCAGGCUGAUGAUGCUUUUUCUUCAAAAGAAUACUUUAGAGCUGCAUCCUUCUAUGCCAAGGUGAACUAUAUUUUGUCAUUUGAAGAAAUCAGCCUAAAGUUUAUCAACAUUUCGGAGCAGGAUGCUCUGAGGACUUAUCUUCUAAGAAAGCUUGAUAAUCUCACUAGAGAUGAUAAGUGUCAAAUCACAAUGAUUUCAACAUGGAUUACCGAGCUGUACUUGGACAAGAUUAAUCGACUGCUAUUAGAAGAUGACCCAAUUUCACUUGGGAAUGCACCAUUAGGAAGCAGCAAUGCAGAGUAUCAGUCAAUUAUCAAAGAAUUUAGGGCCUUCCUUAGUGAUUCCAAGGACGUGUUAGAUGAGGCAACCACUAUGAAGCUUUUGGAGAGUUAUGGUAGAGUUGAGGAGCUAGUCUUCUUUGCUUCUCUGAAGGAGCAGUAUGAAAUCGUAAUUCAUCAUUACAUUCAGCAAGGGGAAACAAAGAAAGCACUUGAGGUACUUCGGAGACCUAACGUGCAUGUUGAUCUUCAGUACAAAUUUGCCCCUGAUCUAAUCAUGCUUGAUGCCUACGAGACUGUUGAAUCAUGGAUGACUACAAACAAGCUGAAUCCAAGGAAGUUAAUACCUGCAAUGAUGCGAUACACAAGUGAACCACAUGCCAAAAAUGAAACACAUGAGGUGAUCAAGUAUUUGGAAUACUCUGUCCAUCAUUUGCAUAAUGAAGAUCCUGGAAUCCACAACUUACUGCUUUCCUUGUAUGCAAAACAGGAAGAUGACAGUGCACUUUUGCGAUUUUUGCAAUGCAAGUUUGGCAAGGGGCAAGUUGAUGGGCCUGAGUUUUUCUACGAUCCCAAGUAUGCAUUACGUCUAUGCCUAAAGGAAAAAAGGAUGCGUGCUUGUGUUCAUAUCUAUAGUAUGAUGUCCAUGCAUGAAGAAGCUGUAGCUCUUGCUUUGCAGGUAGUUUUGUUAAUUGAAGUUUAUCGGCUAAUUUGUUUGGGUGAAAUAAAGAUAGUUUUACAAUGUGCUCAUUUCUUCUUUACUCUCCUGCUUAUUAAGUUUUUGAUGAGCCUCUAUGACCUUGUACUCCAACUACUUGUUUUCUACUCCCAGUUUGCAUCUAAAUUAUUUGUGAACUUAUUGUUAUAUUUUUCGGGCAUAAUUUCAUCCUGUUUCAAAAUUUAUCUUGUUGCAACAAACCAUCCUUGUGGUUAUUUAAGAGGGCGAAAUCAUUUAGUUAGUUCCUCAUUGAGAAAUAAUAAUUGAUUCACAGAAGUAGCAUAUGGAUGGGCAGAGGUUAUGUUAUUGUUCUUUUGUCGACUGAAUCUUUUGGUUAAAUGGUAUUUCUCUUUAGUAACUGAAUUUUUUGAAGAAUGGUGAACAGCAAUUGCAGGGCUUUGGCUUAGAGAAAUAGAUGAUGUUGGCCUAAAGAAGGUAAAACAACAAAAACAACGAAGUAAUGUUAGACGGAACAAUUGAGAGAAAUGUCAGAGUUUUGACUUGGAGUGUGGUAACUUGCUAUCUCACAUAGCUUGUGAAACAUUCAAGGGAGGGGCAUGCCUGCAAAAAGCCCUUUGGGAGAUGCAGAAGGUUAAUGGAUGGCAAGGACUCUCAAAGUCAUUUUCUCAUCCUCAAUCUUUAGUAUAUAAGAUCUAUUCAUAAUAGUUGGAGUGAAAAUUUACAAGUCUUUAAAAAGGUUGUCUUUUUACAUAACAACGGAAGAAAAAACUCAAGGAUUCAAAUGAAAAAGAUUAAGCUGCAAAGCUGACUAUUGAUGCAGAUUUUUGGUAUCAAUUUGAUGGUCACCAUUGACUCUUUUGGGGCAAGAUCAACUCGCUUUCAAAGAAUGAAAGGCCAAUUACUCCUUAAGAGGUUGGUGGGUGGAUGAAAAGAUGAUCACAUGAUAUCCAAGUAUUGUCUGAAGGUGGAAGACAUGCCAUUAUUCCAAGUAUUUUUUAGUGUCAGAUGGUGUCACACCCCAAAUCACCCCCCUGAAAUGUAGGGUGUAACAUAACAACAACAAUCAUGAAAUUAAAACUCAUCAUCAUUAAUCUAUAUAUUCAAUCCUCAUUUAGUUUAUUCCUCAAUAUAAGGAAGUAUCCCAAAAUAUCAGAUUUUAUUCAUCCCGGAAUAAUUACAGAGCCCUACUAACUCCAAAACGUUACAGUAAUAAACAGGCUACAUACCUCUGUUGUAGACUUAUAUACCAGUUACAGCACAAAGCAUAAAGUUUUUAAAAGUGACCUGAAGCUAUUCAACUUCUUCUUUAUCCUUGCCCUU